AUGAGUAAUGACAUUGCAAAAAAGAAAGGAAAAGCACCCGGUGAGAGAAAGUCGUCGAAAAGAAGAAGUAAAAGAAGGGAGACUUACGCGGUGUACAUCUACAAAGUUCUAAAGCAGGUCCAUCCUGACACCGGUAUCUCAAGCAGAGCAAUGAGUAUUAUGAACUCCUUCGUCAACGACGUGUUUGAGCGGAUCGCAACGGAGGCCUCUCGCUUGACUCAGUACAACAAGCGAUCCACUAUCACCAGCCGUGAGGUCCAGACUGCCGUCCGUCUGCUACUGCCGGGAGAGCUCGCAAAGCACGCCGUGUCUGAGGGCACCAAGGCCGUCACAAAGUACACCAGUUCAAAAUGA